AAAAUGCUUCAAACUGUCAAAAAGUGUCAACAACUCGGAGGCAGCGGACGGUUCUGCUAAAUUUUCCAUUUAAAUCAAGUUUUUGCCGUAAAAUUCACUACAAAUUCAACCAAAAAUGUCUUAUGAAACACCUCACGACGAUGGCCCAGGAUUUGUCGGCAUUCGUUUCUGCCAGGAAUGCAACAACAUGCUUUACCCGAAGGAGGACAAAGAAAAUAAGGUCCUGCUGUACGCGUGCCGGAACUGCGACUACAAACAGGAAGCGGACUCCAACUGCAUUUACGUGAACAAAAUUAUGCACGAAAUUGACGAGCUGACCCACAUCGUGCCGGACGUUAUAUCGGAUCCGACGUUACCGCGAACCGAGGAGCAUGCCUGCCCUAAGUGUGCCCACCGGGAGGCGGUCUUCUUCCAGGCGCAGACCCGGCGAGCCGAAGAGGAGAUGAGACUGUACUACGUGUGUACGAAUCCGAACUGUUGCCAUCGUUGGACCGAGUAGAAAAUUUGGUUGAUUUUGGCAGUUGGCAGGAAAAAAACAUUGGACGUGGAUCAUAUGAUAAUGAUCUUUAUGCUUUUGUAUUGAUAAUUGAAUAAACGUUCAAUAAAUAACGGAUUUCUUUGUAAGUGCUGAA